AUGUCCACGCAGAAUACCGUCCUUUUGAAAACCCAAGAGAAUUGGAAGGAAUGGAACACGCAGUUUGAAGGUUUAGCCAGAGGCAAGAAUUUAUGGGGAAUUAUUACUGGCGAUGAACAAGAGAUUUUAAAGCCAGCACCACCUACCGAUGACACUUUGGCACCACCAGCUGGAAGUACACGAUCAACAAAUCCUACCUCCCUUGCUGAUCGACAAUUUGCUUGGACUGUUUACAAAAGCCUUCGUGACGACUAUAUUCUUCAACAAACUGAACUAAGCAAACUGCGGGAGUGGAUGCAGAAGACUAUUUCUCCACAAGUGUAUGAAUAUUGCUGCGAUCCAGAGGAUUCGAUGAAGGAAUGGUACGCCAAACUAAAGCAACGGGUGGGAAUUGAUGAUGCCACAGUCAAGAAACUUGCCCGCGAAGCGUAUAAAAAGGCCAUUAAACCUGUCACAAGACCUCGGGAUGUACUUACCUGGUUAAACAAUUGGGAAGAAGCAAUGCACAAGGCCGAAAAAGCUAGAAUUGCAGUGGCUGCAACCACAAGUGACUGGAUUGAGGAUUUCCUGAAUGCUGUACGGACUUUAAACCCGGUAUGGGCAACCUCAUAUGAGAUUGCUAAGAGUAAGGAUAUUGAAUCAGACAACCUGACAUUCAGACUGGUAGCACAAGACUUCCGAAAAGGUUUGGAUACCAAAUUGAUUCAACAGAGCAGCAAUAUUGCCAAAGGGUCAUUUGGUCCAACCUUUGAUGCUGAAGAAGCUAAGACUGAAGGCACGGAAUUGAAUCACGCACCAAAAGGUCAAAGCUAUACCCAGAAGCGCAAGCAAAAGCCUAAUAAUCUCGAGAGCUGCAAUAUAGCCAAGAAGACAAAGGUAGCUUGCAAAGCAUGUGGGCAAAUGCAUGAAUGGAAGGCCUGUUUCUAUCUUUUCCCUCAAGAGGCCCCUAAAGGAUUUAAGGAACGUGCUGUAAUUAGGAGAUUUAUUAAUCAUCUGCUUCAAACAGACAAGGAAUUUGCCAAAGAGGUUGAAGAGUGGAAGAGCUUGAGGAAUCAAGAUUGA